AUGUCCGAACCAGCACAACCUAGGGGAGGGGAAGGCGAUAGCAACACACUCCGAAUACUUGUAGCAACCGACUGCCAUCUAGGCUACAUGGAGAAAGAUGAGAUACGUAGGUUUGAUUCCUUUCAAGCAUUUGAGGAGAUUUGCGCAUUGGCGGAUCAAAACAAGUUCUGGCGAGCCCAUUCGUUGUUUAAUAUGCGAGAAUGCAUUGCAGGGCAUGACUUGGUUGCACUAUAUGGUCUUGGCAACAUUAGAGAUGAGCGACUAAAUAGAAUGUUUCAGACGCCUCAUUCAGUACAGUGGAUGCGACCUGGAACUCAAGAUGGGGAAUCAGUGUCUGACUGGUUCAAUAUAUUGGUACUUCAUCAGAACAGGAUAAAGACAAACCCUAAAAGUGCCAUCAAUGAGCAUUUUUUACCACGUUUUCUGGAUUUUGUUGUAUGGGGCCAUGAGCAUGAAUGCCUCAUUGAUCCUCAGGAGGUCCCUGGAAUGGGUUUCCACAUCACUCAACCAGGCUCCUCAGUUGCGACGUCCCUGAUUGAUGGUGAAGCAAAACCAAAGCAUGUUGUGUUGAAAGAUGAAGCAGAUGUUGACCCAAAUGAUCAGGCCUCUGUGCUUGAACAUUUGGAUAAAAUUGUAAGAAAUCUGAUUGAGAAGAGUAGCCAACCAACUGCCAGCAGAUCGGAGCCCAAACUUCCGUUAGUUAGAAUCAAGGUAGAUUACUCUGGGUUUUCAACAAUAAACCCACAACGUUUUGGUCAGAAGUAUGUAGGAAAGGUCGCAAACCCUCAAGAUAUUCUCAUUUUCUCAAAAUCAGCAAAGAAACGCCAGACUACAGGAGACCACAUUGAUGAUUCUGAGAAACUUCGUCCUGAGGAACUAAACCAACAAACAAUCGAAGCUCUGGUUGCAGAGAGUAACUUGAAAAUGGAGAUUCUUCCGGUUGAUGAUUUGGACAUUGCAUUGCAUGAUUUUGUGAACAAGGAUGACAAGAUGGCAUUUUAUUCAUGUUUGCAGCGAAACCUUGAAGAAACCAGGAAUAAGUUGAGUUCUGAAGCAGAUAAAUCCAAAAUUGAGGAAGAAGACAUAAUAGUCAAAGUUAAUGAGUGCAUGCAGGAACGUGUUAAGGAAAGGUCCCUACGCUCCAAGGAUGGCACACGCUUCCCAUCAAGCUCUCAGAACUUGGAUACUGGAGGUAAAUCUUUUACAGCUCAAAGCAGCCUGAACUCAUUCAGUGAUGACGAAGACACCAGGGAUACGCUUCUGGGUGCAAGAUCAACUGAUGUUGGACGAAAAUCAUCUGGAUUUACUAGACCCUCCAAAGAUACUGCUGAUGUUGCUAAACAUGGUGCUUCCAAAAGAGGCAGGGGAAGAGGCACCAGCUCAAUGAAGCAGACCACUCUUAGUUUCAGCCAGUCGAGGUCAACUACUGUUAUCCGUAGUGAGGAUGUCUCCUCAGAGGAGGAAGCAGAUGCAAAUGAAGUUGUUGAAAAUUCAGAAGAGGAGAGUGCGCAACAAGUUGGGCGUAAAAGAACAGCUCCUAGAGGUAGAGGCAGAGGCAGAGGUUCCACUGCGAAGAGGGGACGAAAAACAGAUAUUGCUUCCAUCCAAAGUAUGAUGAGCAAAGAUGAUGAUGAUUCAGAAGAUGAGCCGCCAAAGAAAGCUCCUCCUCGGGUCACAAGGAACUAUGGCGCUGUCAGGAAGAGAUGA